CCCUCAGACACAAACCUCCAUCCCAUCCCUGUGUCUACUGGGCAGCCUUUUCAGACUGUCUCUGCUGAGAAUGUCAGGAGAGGCCACAGGCUUGGCCUACCAUGCUCCAAAAGAACGAGAAGGACUUAUAAUUGUGAAAGUUGAAGAAGAGAAUUAUGUUUGGGGGCAAGACUUUGGCUUUCAGGGAAACCCCUGGAGCCAGGAGGUCUUCCGUCAGCAGUUCAGGCAGUUUGCUUACUCUGAUUCCACCGGGCCCCGGGAGGCUCUGAACCGACUCCAGGAGCUUUGCUGUCAGUGGCUGAGGCCUGAGGUCCACUCUAAGGAGCAGAUACUGGAGGUGCUGGUGCUGGAGCAGUUUCUGGCCAUCCUGCCUGACGAGCUGCAGGCCUGGGUGCGAGAGCAUCGGCCAGAGAAUGGAGAGGAAGCCGUGAUUAUGCUGGAGGAGCUGGAGAAAGAACUCGAUGAACCAAGGCAACAGGACACAGCUCAUGGCCAAGAAAUGAUCUGGAAGGAAAUGACAUCCAUGGGAGCACUGAAGUCCCUGAGUAGCCCGCUGCAGCGUUUGGAGAGCCUGUGCAAGAGUGAGACUCAGGAGCCCCAGCCUUUCCAGGAGAGAGAUGGCAAGAUGGUGGCCAACAACGUGUUGUCAGCAAAGCAGGAAAUUAUUGAAUGUGUAGCUUCAGCAGCUAUGAUAUCCCCAGGAAGACUUCCUGGUGAAAAUCCUUCAGAACUGAUAGUUGAAAAAGCUUUGGGAGCUUCGGGCGGUCUGGACAACCCUGAGAAGCAAAAGGGAAGUGCUGCAAGGAACAAAAUGAGUCAGCUUCCUUCCCAGGAAAGACAUUUCAGUCUAGCAACCUUCAACCUGAAAACCCCCACAGAACAGAGUGUCCUUGAAUGUAAUGAAAGUGAAGGAAGUCUCAGUCUGAACUCAAAUGAUAUUCCACGACAGAGAAUGCUUACUGGGGAAAAGCUGUAUGAGUGCUUUGACUGUGGAAAAGCCUUUUGCCAGAGCUCAAAGCUGAUUAGACAUCAGAGAAUUCAUACUGGAGAGAGACCAUAUGCAUGUAAAGAAUGUGGCAAAGCCUUCAGUUUGAGCUCAGACCUUGUUAGACAUCAGAGAAUUCAUAGUGGUGAAAAACCCUAUGAAUGUUGUGAAUGUGGAAGAGCUUUCAGGGGCAGCUCAGAGCUCAUUAGGCAUCGGAGAAUUCACACUGGAGAGAAACCUUACGAAUGCGGUGAAUGUGGGAAAGCCUUCAGCCGCAGCUCAGCCCUUAUUCAACAUAAGAAAAUUCACACUGGAGAUAAAGGCUAUGAAUGUAUUGAAUGUGGAAAGGCUUUUGGUAGGAGCUCUAUCCUUAUUGAACAUCAAAGAAUUCACACUGGAGAGAAACCUUAUGAAUGUAAUGAAUGUGGAAAAUCCUUCAAUCAGAGCUCAGCUCUCACCCAGCACCAGAGAAUCCACACUGGGGAGAAGCCUUAUGAAUGUAGUGAAUGCAGGAAAACAUUUAGGCAUAGGUCAGGCCUCAUGCAGCAUCAGAGAACACACACCAGAGUUUAA